UCUCACUCACUUCUUUCACUCUCCUUCCCCUCUCAUCUUUCUUCCAUCCAUCGUUAUUUAUUUAAAUCUUCGUUGGUGGAUCUCUGUUCAUCUAUCACUAUUCCUAGUAUUCCUUCCCGGAUUAUACUACAUCCCCAAUCCAUCUCGACUUUGUGGUUAAAUCCUCCUCCUUUGUUUGUUUUCGACUCGCGACUCGGAACUUUUGCGCGUCAGACAAGGAGAUGCCUUAUCGUGUGGAGGCAGCCAAAACCGGCCGCGCCGGCUGCCAAAACAAAGAAUGCAAAGACACCAAAGUCAAGAUCGCCAAGGGCGAGCUCCGCCUGGGCACCUGGGUCGAUAACGAUCGCAUCCAGGCCUGGAUGUGGAGGCAUUGGGGAUGCACCACUCCCAAGCUCAUCUCCAAUAUCAAAGAAUCUAUUGGAGAGGGCGAGGACAUGGAUCUGGAUGCCCUUGAUGGCUAUGAUGAGCUGGAGGCUGGUGAGCAGGAGAAGAUCCAGAGGGCGUUUGAGCAGGGCCAUGUUGAUGAUGAGGAUUGGAAGGGGGAUGUCGAAGUGAACCGUCCCGGCUCGACCGGUUUCCGCAAGCGUAUCUCUAAAAAGGCUGCCAAGACGGACGAAGCCGCAUCAGAGGAUGAAGAAAAACCCGCCUCCAAACCCAAGGCAAGCGGCCGCGGCAAAGCCCAGAAAAAGGACGCAUCUCCCAAACCCUCGGCGGAAGAGAAGCAGCCCACCCCCAAGAAAACCAGCACUCCCCGCGGAAGACCCAAGAAAGCGGUCGCGGAACCCGAGCCCGAGGCCGAAUCCGAGCCCGAAGAGGAGAAGCCAACCCCCAGAACUAGACCGGCCCGCCGCGGCAAGAAAGCACCUGAGCCCGCCGAGGAAGAGGUCGAAGCUCAACCCGAGCAGAAGAAACCCGCCGCCAAGAGAGGCCGUCCUUCCACCAAGGCCACUGAGGAGCCUGUGGCUAAUUCCUCUGCGAAGCGUCAGCGUAGGUCCACGGCGGCAGAGGAGGAUGUGACUGAGCCUGCUGUCGCGGAGAAGCCGAAGCGGGGACGGAAGAAGAAGUCUACUUGAUUUGUAAAUUUCUUCCUUAUACAGUUGUUUUUUUUUUUAUCUUCUUGUCUGUCGUGGUCGUUCUGUGGUUUCCUAUGUAGCGUGUUUUGUUGUGUUUGAGGGAUGAUCUAUGGCAUUUAUUCAUGGAAGGAAGCUGUCAAUCGAAUGCGAUAUGCUGUCUAUGCAUGCAUACAUUCUUCAUUCACUGAUAUUCCGCGUUUUCUCCUUGCAACCAACCAAUAUCCCCAGAGAUGAUCUCAGAUGCUUGUACUAAUAUCAAGAUACAACUACAUCAUCGUCUGUGUAUUUCCAGGCAGACUAUCUAUCUACCAUAUACAUCUACAGACAGACAGAGCGUGAAAAUAG